AUUUAAAUUAAUCGUUAAUGGACACAACUCAAUUAAAAACAAAAGUGCUAUAUGAGUAUACAAAGAAAAAUAAAUCAUUAUUGGAUGAAUGGUCUGAAAAAACUGUUUAGGCCUACUUAGAGUAAUGCAGAAAAUUUACAGAGGAAAUGUAUUCAGGAAAUUUAACAAUGGUUGAUGAUGGAUAUAAUUAAACUUAAGAAGAAUUGUUGACUCUUGAAAACUUGUUUAAAAGUAUAAAUUAAGAUUGAAAUCUAGAUUACAUAAAAACAAAAGGAGAUAUAUAACAUAAACUUCGAAUAGGAUAUUCAAUUGCAAGAAAACUUUAUAUGGAGAAUUUACAAUAAAGAGUAUUUAAAGUAUUUAGAAAAUAAGUGAAAUAUUAAAAAUAUAUCAGAAGUAUGAAGUUUUAUGCAGCUAAAUAUUAUAAGUAAAAUUUUGUAUAUAAAAAAGAUAGCGAUUUCCAAGUUAAAUAUUUAGUAAAUGGAGGAAAUUAGCUCAUAAUUAAACAAGAUAAGCUAUAUUGUAAUAAGUGAAUAGGAAAACUGAUAAUGAAAUAAUGUAAAUGCAAAAAGAAUAUGAAUAAUUGAUAGGUUAAUUGGAAAAUGUGUUAGAGAAAAAAUUAAUUGAAUUAAAAGUAGAGGAAGAAUAACAUAAAGAGUUAGUUUUAAGAUAUGAUGGUAUAGUUGAAAAAAGAACUGCAGUAAAGCAUUGA